AAGAUUGAUAUCAAUAAAAUGUUGUUCAAAUAAAAAUUCGAGGAUCCAGUAAAAAAAAAAUUCAAUGGUCGCUGGACUUAAAACUUACAAGUUUCCUUAUUAUUUGAAAUUAAAGAUUGUAUUUCGUAGGGGUAACGUAAUUGCGGGUACUAAGUUGAUCGUAACUACACAACCGUGGAUUCUAAUAAUAUAAACAUAACCUAAUAGUAUUUAAUGCAUCUGAUGUUUAUAAAUCGACGCUGUUCAAAAAACUAAUACUUUAAACUAUUUUUGCUUUUGCUGUCUGCAAUUACUUUAUUAAGUAAUUAAAAAAAGCGCUAAAAGAUGGGGAAAAAGAAAAAUAUGCAAUUGGUUGUUCCAAGUCCUAUGAAAAUAGAAGUGAAAGAUGAAAUUGGUGACAAUGAUGUAAGCGUCGCUAGAGAUAGAUUGAAAGGUGCUCUUCGGGAAAUAUUACAUCACAGCGAUUCUGCUUCCUCUGCUGACUCAAGUGAAGAAACUUCCUCGCAAGAUUACAAGCCUAAUUAUCGAAGAAUGGAUUCUUCGUUUCGUACAAAAAUGAGUCUUCAUAAUCGUAAAUUGAAAAGACGUCGUCAAAUGCAAAUGGAUCCUGCAUUUCAUCACACUUACGUCAUGAAACUUUUCGAUCGAAGUGUUGAUCUCGCUCAAUUUCGUGAGGACACACCACUUUAUCCAAUUUGCCGAGCUUGGAUGGCAAAUCAGCCACGAAAUCCACAUUUGGUUCCAAAAGUUCGAUCGCCAAGUCCAGAAAUAGUAAAUGAAAUUAAUCCCGAUGAUACCAUGUAUGAUUCAAAUGGAGAAUUACUGGAAGUUUUCAGUCUACCGGAACCAUCAAUGAGCGAGGAAGCGUUUCCGAAAAACAGAAUUCCUUCUCCUGUUCCAUUAGAGAAGGAGGAACUUAAUUUGGACUAUGAUGGACAAACACUGAAAUCAAAAGAAACUCUCAUGAAAGAACAUAAAGAACAUUGGAGUGCAUUGAGAAAAAAAUGGCAUCAACAAGCACACAAAAAUGAACAACGUUUCGACAAAAGUGCCCAUAUACUUGGUACCAUUUUCAAAAAGGCUCAAUCGGAGUACGAAUAAGGACUCUCGCUGCAGUCAGUUUUAUUAUUAUUUUUUUUGUGUUUAUCGAAGAAAGUUUUAUACAAAUAUACCACAUCAGUAGGAAAUUCACCCUAAGGACGCCCUUCGAUGUACCGCCUAAUAAUAAUAGGAACACUAAUCGCGUAUAUAAAGUUUUAUAAAAUAGGAGACUCAUUGGAGAAAAGAGGCGAAUAAAUAUAUGACCAUUCCUUAUUUUAAGGCAAGAGUACAAUAUGUCUUAGUUAUUUUUUUUCUUUUUUAUCAAAUGUCAAAAUUGCUUAUUUCUCUUAUUAUAAUUAUUAGUUUAUAAGUCUUUUUAUUUUGUUCCUUAUUCGGACGUCCCUGGGUUAUUUACACUUUCAGGUUAUAAGAAUUUUCAUUUAUUAUAAUAAUAAGUUCAACACUAAAAAGA